AUGGCCACUUUAAUACCGGCUUCAAGUGCUUGUUAUACUCUACUGUUACCUCCCACUGAAAAAGAUGAAAGAUUAAAUCUUAAUGUAAGGACUGGUUCCUCAUCAACUUUAUAUAAUUCAUUAGUUUUAACUUUUGGAGGUUUAACCAUUGGUAUUGAAUUAUAUGAAUUAACUAUAGAUGAAAUUCAUCAUACUUUUUAUGAUAAAAUAUCAACUUCAAAUUCAAAAUAUAAAACUUUAGAAAAAUAUCUUUCAGGAGAAUUAUUUUAUUUAAGUUUAAUUGAAAGAUCUUGGACAAGAGUUGAAUUUGAUAAAGAUGUUAUUAGACCAAGACCAAGAUUACUUCAUCAAAUUUGUGCUAUCAAUAAUUGUUUAUAUUUAUUUGGUGGUUUAAUUUUAUCAGGUAAUGAUUUACUGGAAUCUUUAAUUCCUUGUAAUGAUUUAUGGGAAUUUGAUUUAGAAACUAAAAAAUGGACUUUAUUACAUGAUGGUAAUGGUUAUGAAAAUGAUUCAACCAUCCCAAUACCAAGAUUUAAUCAUAAAAUGACUCUGAUUGGAAGUCUUACCUUUGUUAAUAGAAAAGAUCAUUUUGGUAUCUUUAUUGCUGGUGGUAAAGAUAAAAAUUCAAAUCCAAUUUAUAAUAAUGUAAUGUUUGAUUUAGUUGAAAAAAAAUAUGUUGGUACUGAACCAAUUAUAUUAAAAACUUCAUCCGGUAAUUCUCAAAAGGAUUCUCAUCUUGGUCUUGAUAAUGUGGUAGCGAAUGAUGAUCAUGAAUUAAGUGUUGAUUAUCUUAAUAGUAUGAUUUUAAAUUAUACUGAAGAAUUAGAACUGUCAACUCCAACCACUUCAAUUUCAACUCCAAAUCAACCUAAUAAUAAUUCCCAAUCUCAAAUUCGAAAAGAUUCAAAACAACCUUCAGGUAAGGUUGUCACUAAUAAAAAUGAAGUUAAUUUAACUACAAAUCAUGAAGAAUCAAUUAUAGUUUAUGCUCCAACUACGAAUAAAAAUCCUGAUGCAUUAUUAAAUCCUUUAUUAUCAUUUAAAAUUAGUAAACAUAUAAAAUCAGCUCGUCCAUUACCAGUUCAUAAAAAGAAAAUAUUAAAACAUACAAAAGCAACAACAACAACAACAACAACUCCUCCUGUAAAUGUAAAAAAUACUUUAAAUCAAACUGUACCUUUCAAUUUACGAUAUCCAACUGGAGGAUUAUUUGGUCAAAAUAUCGUUAUAACAGGGUUUUUACCAAAUGAUUUUGAUAUUUCUAUUUUCAUUUAUAAUAAACCAACCGGUAAAUGGUCUCGAUUAAAUGUAUUUUGUAAUCAUGAUUAUGGAUCUCAUCGAUUUUGGGGUGGUUUUGCAUGGCAAUCUCAUCAUAAAGUAGUAUUAAUUGGAAAUUAUUUAACAUCAAGAACUACAAGUAGUAUUAGAUUUUUUACCGUGAUGAUAACAGUUAGUUUACCGGUAACCAAUAUUCUUGCUAGUUCUGAAAUGGCCGGUGUUCAUCAUCAUCAUCAUCAUGGAAAGAGAAUUGCUCAUAGACAAGUAUCUCGAAAUUCAUUUUCAAGUGGUGCUAGAACAGGUGAUGAAUUAACUGAUGAAACUUGUAGUAGUGUAUCAGUGGAUGAUUUAACUGAUGAUGAAGAUGAUAUUGGAUCAAAUUCAAAAACUAGAAGAUCAUCAAAUUUAUCUCAAACUAGUAGUGCUACAUCUCCAACCACUAUUUCAUUUAGUGAAUAUGUUCAUUAUGCUGCUCCCAAAACUAAUUUUACCAAUAUUAGAUCAGUUUUCCCUCCUGCUGCUAUAACUUUAGGAAGAAAUGCAUUUGAUAGAUAUGGUGAUUUAAUAUCUGAUUUUGAAUUAGUUUCUUGUACAGGUGAUAGAAUUCCAGUAGCAUUAAUUGUUCUUAUGGAAAGAUGGGGUAGCUAUUUUAUAAAGCUUUUAGCAAGAGGUUAUAUUCAAGCGGUUGAUAAAUUUGAAUCUGAUCAAGCUUUAGGUGUAUUUCAUAAUGAUGAUAAAGGAAGAUUAAGAACUUCAAAAAGUACUGGUGGUGGAAGUACAUCAAGUUCAAAUGCAUCUAAUUUACAAUCUCAUCAAUCUAAAUUAAAAACUAUUGAACCUGCAAAUUCAAUUAUUAUUAGUUCUUUUUCAUCUAGUAAUUCAUUACUAGCUUCACAAUUACAAGAUAUACCACCUCAAUUACCUUUACCAGUUGAUCAAAUUCCAGCCGUACCCACUAAUACUUCAUUCAGAGCUUCAUCAAGAAAGAAUUCUCAAGAUUUUAAUUCUCCAAGAGCUUCAUUGAUUCAUACUUUAACAGCAUUAAGAAAUAUUCCUUUAUCAAGAUCACCGAAGGAUUCACCAUAUGCUUCUCCUCGUGCAUCUUUAUCAGCUCAAGGUGGAACUACUACGAUUAUUGGUUCAGGUGAUUUAUAUGCUAAUACCAUUCCAAGUUUAAGACCAAAUAAAUCUAAAUUUAAUGAAUCAUAUAAUGAUUUAGGAACUGAUCCUACUGAUACAUCAACAACAAGAAGAGAAUCUAAUUUAUCAAGUGUUGAUUUAAAGGAAGGAGUUCAAAAGAAUUCAUCGGUUUCAACUGUACUUUCUGAGCCAUUUUCUGUAUCAUCUGAAAAAGAUAGUCAUGAUGAUGGUGGUGAAGAUGAUGAAGACUAUUCUGAACAUAAUGAUACAUCUGAACAUUUAUUUUCUGAAAAGGAAGAUAGACCAAAAUCAGGAUUAUUUGAUAAUGUAUUAUUAAAUUUUGAUAAUUUAGAAAAUGAUAAAUUUCAAAUGGAACCAUCAUUGAUUCCAAGAAAAUUAUAUGUUCCAUUUUCAACUGUUACAUUAAAAGCAUUUUGUGAAUAUCUUUAUACGGGACAAGUGGGGAAUAAAUGGUUAUUAACUCCAACAGCUUUAGAUAAUUUAGCCAUUGCUAAAUUUUUUAAAGUUCCAUUAUUAUAUGAUUUAAUUAGUGAAGUUUUAUUUGGUAUAAUUGGUAGAAAGGAAGUUUAUGUGGUCAGAGAAGGAAAUAAAUUAAAACGAAGAUAUUUCCAACUUUUAGAUGCUACCAAUACUCCAUUAGAUCCUAAAUUUAGAUUCCCCUUAGAUGAAUAUGAAGGGUUUAUGGAUACAGUUGAUGAUGGAUAUUUGGAUAUUGCUUUAUUAAAAAAGACAUCUAAUAUUAAUAAACUUUCAGUUGUUUCGUUUCAAAGUUCAAGAAAGAAAAAAUCAAUUGCUUCAUCCUUACAUCGUCCUUCUGAAAGUGGAAUCACUGAAAAUGAUGAAGAAGAUGAUGAUGAAGAAGAAAAUGUGAAAGUUCCAGUUAAUGAAAAAGAUGAUGAAGUUAAAGAUAAUUCAACUGAUGAAUCAUCCGAUAAGAAACUUACUUCUACUAGUGAAGAAGAUAAUGAAAAUGAUAUUGAAUUAGGAUUUCUUAAUUCUCAUGAAGUUCCUACUACAGGAGUGGGACCUCGAUCUAAAUCAGUAUUUGAUAGAUCUAAUACUGUUUAUAAUGAAUUUGCCAAUGUUACAGCUGCUGCAGAUGAAGAUGGUCAUAAUGAAAAGGAUAAAGCUGCCAGAUUAACUUUAGAACAAUUGGUAUCUCCUAAUUCUGAAGUUCCAAGUGAUUAUAUUAUUGAUUUGAUUUAUGAAAGUGCCGCUAUUGUAACUGAUUUAAAAAUCAUGUUGAGAGCUGCUAAUGCUAGAUUAAUGAGUAAAACUUUACAAGAAAGUAAAAUUGAAAUUGGAGCUAAGAUUCAAGAAUUAAAACAAAAAUAUGAAGCACAAAAGAAUGCUGAAAAUUUAGCUAAAGAAGUUGCUGAUACAACUGGGUUUAUUCCUGUUUCUGGUGUUACUACUGUUUCAAGUGUUAGAUCUCGUUCUAAAACUCCUGGACCUGAAUUUGAACCUUUUAAUCAAUCAUCAACUGAUUUAAAACCAAGUAUAUCACAAGCAUCAUUAACUACGGUUGGAUCAGUUAAAUAUAAUGCAUCAUUAGAAAAAGUUAAAUCAAAUACAAGUUUUAGAAAUAUUGGAGGAUUUACUCCAUUUAAAACAUCUAAACCUGAAAAGGAAAUUGAUAAGAGAUUAAAUAAAAUUAUGAAAAAGGAAGAUAAAUUAAAAUCUAAAACUGAUAUUUAUCCAUCUCAAGAUAAAGAUUCUAAGAAGAAGAAUAAAUUUUUUUCAAGUAGUUCAACUAGAGUAAAUGAAAUUAAUAAUAAUACUCAACCAUCAGGUACUUCACCUACACCAUCUAUAACCUCAACUACUACCAAUAGUGGAUUAAGUAAGAAACAUCAUGGAUUAUUUCAUUUAACGAAGAAGAGAGAAACCAAUGAUGAUUCAUCAGUUGAAUCGGGACCAAAAUUAAUUCGAACUCAAUCAUCUACUGGGAGUAUUAAUUCAUCAACUAGUAAAUCUGAUGCUAGUAGUAAUGGUAAAAAGAAGCAUGGAUUAUUUAGUUUUAAAAAGCAUACUUAA